AUGGCGUCGAAGCGGAUUUUGAAGGAGCUCAAGGAUCUGCAGAAGGAUCCUCCUACCUCUUGCAGCGCAGGUCCUGUUGCUGAAGACAUGUUCCAUUGGCAAGCAACGAUAAUGGGUCCUCCAGAUAGUCCCUAUUCCGGUGGUGUGUUUCUAGUCAGUAUUCAUUUCCCGCCAGACUAUCCGUUCAAACCGCCAAAGGUUGCCUUCCGUACUAAGGUCUUUCACCCCAAUAUCAAUAGCAACGGUAGCAUUUGCCUUGAUAUUUUGAAGGAGCAAUGGAGCCCUGCACUCACCAUAUCCAAGGUGUUGCUUUCGAUCUGUUCCCUACUGACAGACCCCAACCCGGAUGACCCUUUGGUGCCGGAGAUCGCCCACAUGUACAAGACUGAUCGGAGCAAGUACGAGACGACGGCUAGGAGCUGGACUCAGAAGUACGCGAUGGGCUAG